CAGUCAUUCAGGCAGUCCUGAUCAAAUAUAUAUUAAUUCUAACCUAAUAGAUUUACUAUAAAAUAAACUUUUAGUCUCUAAUUAUGCAAAAGUGUUAAUAUUUACAUAUAUUUAAAUAGUAUUAUUGUAAUAAAUAUGGCGUUAACCUGUUCAAGACUAUUUCUCAUACAAAAAUUGGCGCAAAAUGUACAUUAUACAACCUUGAUGAGGCCUAUGGCUUAUAAAAGCGCAAUUUCCUUGGAAACCUUAUAUCCCAACAGCUCCUUGAAGCUUACAACUCCCACUUUUACUCCAGAUCCAAAGGAAAAGUUUUCUGGUUUUAUUCCUAUUGAAAAGUUGGAUAUCACAUAUAGUGCGAGCUCAGGACCAGGCGGUCAAAAUGUCAAUAAGGUGCAUACAAAGGUUGACCUGAGGUUCAAAGUGAAGGAUGCGGACUGGAUACACCCAGAGAUCAAAGAGAGACUGCUGCAGCUGCACGGUAAGAAGUUGACAAAGGAUGGAUAUAUCAUCAUCCGUUCGGAUGCUACUCGUUCUCAGCAACUGAACCUUGCUGACUGUAUGCAGAAGCUGCGCAAUAUAAUCAGAGAUGCCGCUGUCACUAAGAGGGAGGUGUCGCCGGAGACAGAGGAGAGGAUCAGGCAGAGACAUUUGAAAGCAUCGCGGCUACGCGUGGCGAUCAAGCGGGAGGAAUCUCUGAAGCGCGCCAUGAGGCAGCCGCCGACCUCCAUAGACUUAUGAUUUUUCCAUUAAAUUGGGCACACAAUAGAUUUAAAGGUUAUUGAAAUAUUUGGAGUCUAGAAACAAAGAGGCCAAAGUAACUAUAAAAUUUAUUGUGGUUUAAUUCGCUAUAGUGCCUCGACUGCAGUAUAACGCUGAGCGGGGACCACUUCGGCAGUUUGCCCAACAUCUUCACCUGCUACACAUGUUUUGUUCCUCUUUUGUAUUAAACUUUUGUUAUCAAUAAAUUUUAUUCAUAAAUAAAGUAGAAAAAUGCUUAAUAUAAACAACAUGUAUGUAAUCUAGUUCUCUACACACGACCUCUUUAAUCUGGCUCCAUAUUUCAAAUCGCCUUAAUUUUAUGUAUUUGACUAUGUUGAUAGUUGUAUAAAUAAUUAGAUUACGCUUGUUCUAUU